AUCUAUAUAAACCUUUCAAAUUCCAUCUUCAAACACAUCACAACUAACAAUAGAGAAGUCACAUUUCAGCUUGUGUUAGAUAUGGCCACCAACAACCCUUGUUUUCAUUCCUCUUUCCUCUUUUCUCUAUUGCUUCUACUACAUUUUACUUUGGGGAAAAGCCAGCUACAAGUGAAUUAUUAUUCUAGCAGCUGCCCAAAAGCUGAAGAAAUCAUCAAGCAACAAGUCACUGAACUUUAUCAUGAACAUGGAAACACAGCCAUUUCAUGGGUUAGAAAUCUCUUCCAUGAUUGCGUUGUCAAGUCAUGUGAUGCGUCCCUACUUUUAGAGACGGUGCACGGUGUAGUAUCAGAGCAGACAUCGGAGAGAAGUUUCGGAAUGAGAAACUUCAAGUAUGUCAACACGAUCAAAGCUGCUGUUGAGAAAGAAUGUCCAAUGACAGUGUCAUGUGCUGAUAUUGUUGCUCUUUCUGCUAGAGAUGGCAUUGCCAUGUUGGGAGGUCCUUCAAACAUUGAAAUGAAGACAGGAAGAAAAGAUAGCAAAGAAAGCUAUGUAGCAGUGGUGAAAGAGUUGAUUCCAAAUCAUAAUGACUCCAUAUCCUCAGUGAUAUCUCGUUUUCAAGACAUUGGCGUUGACCUUGAAGCCACAGUUGCUCUUUUAGGAGCACACUCAGUUGGAAGAGUACACUGCAUGAACCUGGUCCACAGACUCUACCCAACAGUAGACCCAACACUCGACCCAACACAUGCUGCAUACCUAAAACGUAGGUGUCCAACACCAAAUCCAGAUCCAAGAGCUGUCGAAUACGUGAGAAACGAUCUGAAAACACCUAUGAUUAUAGACAACAAUUACUACAAGAACAUUUUACAAAACAAGGGUCUUCUUACUUUGGAUGCUGAAUUGGCCACUGAUCCAAAAACAGCUCCUUAUGUACAAAAAAUGGCAGAGGAUAAUGGUUACUUCAAUGAGCAAUUCUCAAGGGCUAUUGUUUUGUUGUCGGAGAAUAAUCCUCUUGUUGGAGAUGAAGGUGAAGUUAGAAAGGAUUGUCGGUUUGUUAAUGCUAAAUAAGUGUGUAAUUAGAUAGUUUGAUGUAGCUUGUGUUUUGUGUGUUUGCUUUGUUUAGAAUAAUUAAUGCCUUUGGGCUUAGGUUUGUUUGCUUGUACUUUAUUAUAUGGGUAUGUUGCUUUACCCUACAAAACCAAAUUAUAAAAAAAAAUUCACCUUUUCAUGGAUAUAUUUGUCUUAA